AUGGCAGCAACCCCCGCGCCGGUCACGCGGUGGGUCUGCACAGGCCCAACACAGGUUGGAGGGGCGGUGGACGUGGAGAGGAAGACGUACAAUGGCCCGACAGACGUGGCUGUCGAGGAGGCCGUCAUCUACACCGAUGGCGUGCUGACAGACCAGGACGUCCGAUUUGUGCGCGACGAGUACAAGGCCGGCGGCGGAGCAUUCGUGUUCCGAAGCAAGUCCACUUCCCAGUGGCAUGGUCUAACUUGGUGUCUGCAAGAACGCAGCACGGUGGAGGUGGAGUUGAGUGCGAUUUAUCGCGCAAUAGACUACGCCGCCAGCGAUUUCAUUGGGGUCCAGACCAAUGAGACAUUCGGCCGAUUAGUCGUCGUGUCGGAUUGCGUCGCCGCGUUAGCCUACAUACAGGCUGUUCUUUCAUCGUUCGGUCACUACAGGGGCACAAGAGUCGAGCAUAUCGUCGAGCUGACGGAAUGGUUCGAGUCAUGCGGCAAAGAGGUUGUCUUUGAGUGGGUUCCUCGCAGUUCCUGCCAGGGCAACCGAAUAGCGGAUUCACUGGCGACACAUGCGCGCAACAAGGCUGGGGAAGGCUGCGAUUCGUGUACCUGGACCUACGCGAAUGGGCAACUUCUGCCACACCAGUCUUGA